GGUGGACGCCAGUUGUGCGGUUCGCUCGGUACCUCCUUUUUCUCCCUAUUCGAUUCGAAGCAAUUUCCGUGCGUGCCGCGUCGUGUGUGACAACUGCAGAUACAUAUAGUAUCCAGAUACAUAAUACAUACGAAAUAUAUUUGUACAUAUACAAAUUACACACACUUAUACGCCAGUAUAUAGUGUGUAGUGAAUCAGUGAGUGCGUUGGCCCCUGCCUGAGAGUUUUCUGGCCAUAAAUUAAUUGGCUAAUACGAAUGUGACUGCGAAUGCGAGUGCAGGACACAAAUUUCCAUUUAACCAGUCCCACGGGUAGAUACGAGAUCUGAUACAGGGAAUACAGAAAUCAGUGCCCAAGUGGAUAGAUGGCCUUUGCCCAAGAUCCCAUGUUCCCAGUGUUUUGAGAAAUUUUGUCGUCUCUCGUGUCGCCAGUGCCGUGCCGCGCCGCGCCGUGCGUGUGUCGGAGUGGAUCACUUUAAAAAUAACAGAUUUGUUUGAUGCUAUUUAUAAAAGUCGUGCCAAGUUUUCGUUCCGUUUCAUUUUGUGUGUUGUAGCUUUCGGAUUUCGGCUUUCGGAUUUCUGAUUUUGGUGUCGUCAUGCCCCAAAGUUGAUGUCUCUUGUAUGCACUUGAAAACUAAAUAAAUAUCGCAAUAUUAUUGUACACUAUAGAAUCCGUUUGGGCCGCAAUGUAAGCAGCAAAAAUGGCAACGGACUUGAUCGGCACAAAUUUCAGCAGCACAUUGACAAAUGGGAUGUCGGGGUGUGAUCAAAGCACUGUCGAAUCAUUGGCCGAUGAUCCAACAGAUUCACCAUUCGAUGCCGAUGAUUGUCUCAAAGUUCGCAAGUACUGGUGCUUUCUGCUGUCCAGCAUCUUUACAUUCCUUGCUGGCCUGCUCAUUGUGCUGCUAUGGCGGGCAUUCGCGUUCAUCUGCUGCCGCAAGGAGCCCGACCUGGGACCCAACGAUCCCAAGCAGAAGGAGCAGAAGGCGUCCCGCAACAAACAGGAGUUCGAGGGCACCUUUAUGACAGAAGCAAAAGACUGGGCUGGAGAGCUUAUCUCGGGUCAAACAACAACUGGUCGAAUUUUGGUCGUACUCGUAUUUAUACUCAGCAUUGCAUCCCUCAUUAUAUACUUUGUUGAUGCAUCUAGCGAAGAAGUCGAAAGAUGCCAAAAGUGGAGUAACAACAUUACUCAACAGAUCGAUCUCGCAUUCAAUAUAUUUUUUAUGGUUUACUUUUUUAUACGAUUCAUAGCGGCGUCCGAUAAGCUUUGGUUUAUGUUAGAAAUGUACAGUUUUGUAGAUUAUUUUACAAUACCCCCGUCCUUCGUAUCAAUAUAUUUAGAUCGAACAUGGAUCGGUCUUCGAUUUCUUCGAGCGCUACGUCUCAUGACUGUUCCAGAUAUUUUACAAUAUUUAAACGUACUAAAAACAUCGAGCUCCAUACGCUUGGCUCAACUAGUAUCAAUUUUUAUAUCCGUGUGGUUAACAGCAGCGGGCAUUAUACAUCUGCUGGAGAACUCUGGCGAUCCGCUGGAUUUUAAUAAUGCUCAUCGUUUAUCGUAUUGGACCUGUGUCUAUUUCCUAAUUGUGACCAUGUCAACGGUAGGAUAUGGUGACGUUUACUGUGAGACUGUCCUGGGAAGAACAUUUCUCGUGUUCUUUCUGCUCGUCGGCUUGGCAAUGUUUGCCAGCAGUAUACCGGAGAUAAUUGAACUCGUCGGUAGUGGCAAUAAGUAUGGCGGUGAACUGAAAAGAGAACACGGAAAGAGACAUAUUGUGGUAUGCGGUCAUAUAACAUACGAGUCCGUGUCGCAUUUUCUGAAGGACUUUCUCCACGAAGAUCGGGAGGAUGUCGAUGUCGAAGUGGUCUUUCUCCAUCGUAAACCACCCGAUUUGGAACUUGAGGGUUUGUUCAAACGUCAUUUUACCACCGUGGAGUUCUUCCAAGGAACCAUUAUGAAUCCGAUUGAUCUGCAAAGGGUUAAGGUUCACGAAGCCGAUGCCUGCCUUGUGCUAGCUAACAAAUAUUGCCAAGAUCCCGACGCAGAAGAUGCUGCCAACAUCAUGAGAGUGAUCUCCAUCAAGAACUACAGCGACGACAUUCGUGUCAUCAUCCAGCUGAUGCAGUACCACAAUAAGGCGUACUUGCUCAACAUACCAUCGUGGGACUGGAAACAGGGCGACGAUGUCAUCUGCCUGGCCGAGCUGAAGCUGGGCUUCAUUGCCCAGAGCUGUCUGGCCCCCGGUUUCUCCACCAUGAUGGCCAAUCUGUUUGCCAUGCGAUCGUUCAAGACGUCACCAGACACACAGGCCUGGCAAAAUGAUUAUCUUCAAGGUACAGGGUGUGAGAUGUACACCGAAACCCUAUCACCUUCAUUUACCGGCAUGACAUUCCCACAAGCCAGCGAGCUGUGUUUCUCCAAGCUGAAGCUUCUGCUGCUCGCCAUCGAGAUCAAGGGAGCCGAGGAGGGUGUGGACAGCAAAAUUUCGAUUAACCCGCGCGGGGCCAAGAUUCAGGCCAAUACGCAGGGCUUUUUCAUAGCACAAAGCGCCGAUGAGGUGAAGCGUGCCUGGUUCUACUGCAAAGCCUGCCACGAGGACAUCAAGGACGAGACGCUGAUCAAGAAAUGCAAAUGCAAAAACUUGGCCACCUUCCGGAAAGGCGUCCGAGCCGUACAAAUGGUUGGGCGUGCAAAAGACGAUGAAUACUCGUUGUCAAAUGAACACCAUCCUGCACCCACAUUUACGCCUCCAGAGCUACCCAAGCGGGUGCAUGUGCGUGGAUCUGUAUCGGGUGAUAUCACACGUGACAGAGAAGAUACGAAUCUACUCAAUCGCAAUGUGCGCCGUCCUAAUGGCACUGGCAACGGUACAGGUGCCAUGCAUCAUAUGAACAACACGGCUGCUGCAGCCGCCGCUGCUGCCGCGGCGGGCAAGCAGGUGAACAAGGUGAAGCCCACGGUGAAUGUGAGCCGGCAGGUCGAGGGUCAAGUAAUAUCGCCGUCGCAGUACAACAGGCCACCAGAGAAUGAUGCUAACCCUUAUGCGGGCUAUCAACUUGCUUACGAAGUUAAAAAGCUCAUGCCGACGAGUCGCAGCUCCGGCACGGGCACGCAGAAUCAAAAUGGCGGCGUUUCAUUGCCCGCCGGAAUAGCGGACGACCAGUCGAAGGACUUUGAUUUCGAGAAGACCGAAAUGAAGUACGACUCGACGGGCAUGUUCCACUGGAGUCCGGCAAAGAGCUUAGAAGACUGCAUACUGGAUCGCAACCAGGCGGCCAUGACAGUGCUGAAUGGUCAUGUGGUCGUCUGUCUGUUCGCCGAUCCCGAUUCGCCUCUGAUCGGUCUGCGGAAUCUGGUGAUGCCCUUGCGGGCGUCCAAUUUCCACUACCACGAGCUGAAGCAUGUGGUGAUUGUAGGAUCGGUGGACUACAUCCGGCGAGAGUGGAAGAUGCUGCAGAACCUGCCCAAGAUAUCGGUGCUGAACGGCUCUCCCCUGAGUCGCGCCGACCUGCGGGCGGUCAACGUCAAUCUGUGUGAUAUGUGCUGCAUACUGUCGGCCAAAGUUCCUAGCAACGACGAUCCCACGCUGGCCGACAAGGAGGCCAUCCUCGCCUCGCUCAACAUCAAGGCCAUGACCUUCGAUGACACGAUCGGCGUGCUCAGCCAGCGCGGCCCGGAGUUCGACAACCUGAGCGCGACCGCCGGCAGCCCGAUUGUGCUGCAGCGUCGCGGUUCAGUGUAUGGCGCCAAUGUGCCCAUGAUUACAGAACUGGUCAAUGAUAGUAACGUGCAGUUUCUCGAUCAAGACGACGACGAUGAUCCAGAUACAGAGCUGUAUCUGACGCAGCCCUUUGCCUGCGGCACAGCCUUCGCUGUGAGUGUGUUAGACUCACUGAUGUCCACGACAUACUUCAAUCAAAACGCCUUAACGCUGAUCCGCUCACUGAUCACGGGCGGAGCAACACCCGAGCUGGAGCUGAUCCUGGCCGAGGGAGCCGGCCUGCGCGGUGGCUACAGCACCGUGGACAGUCUGAGUAAUCGAGACAGAUGUCGAGUGGGCCAGAUAUCCCUAUACGAUGGCCCGCUGGCGCAGUUCGGAGAGUGCGGCAAGUACGGGGAUCUGUUCGUGGCCGCCCUCAAGUCGUACGGCAUGCUGUGCAUAGGCCUGUACCGGUUCCGGGACACCAGCUCCAGCUGUGAUGCGAGCAGCAAACGAUAUGUAAUAACUAACCCACCCGAUGACUUUUCACUACUGCCAACAGAUCAGGUAUUCGUUUUAAUGCAAUUCGAUCCGGGGCUGGAGUACAAGCCGCCAGCGGUGCGAGCACCCGCCGGCGGACGCGGCACCAACACACAAGGCUCCGGGGUCGGAGGGGGCGGCUCCAACAAGGAUGAUAACUCUUGAUUGUUACUGUGUAGCGCCUUAACUGAUGGUCCUUAUUCGUACAUUUGAACGGUGGAGAAGAUCAUUGAAAGCAGGGCAUCGCAUUUCUGGCACCUAUCUAUAGAACUAUUGGCAUAAGAUUCGAUCCGCAAACAAACAAAACCCCAACAAAGACAUAUUUGUAUGUAUCGAUUGUACCAUGUACAAAACUGAAAUCAAAAGCGUUAAUUAGUUAGAAAUCCCCCAAAAAGCUGGGUGCCAGCAGGUGUGUUGCUCUGUCCCUUCAUGUGUGUGGAGGCAUGCGACGCGAUGUACUUUGUCCAUCCCAAUUAACAAUCAAGAGACAGCCCGAACAACGCCAGAGCAACUGCAACGUCAACGGUAGCGCCGCCUGCCUCCACAUAUAUGUGGGGCAUUAAUUCAGAUCAGGGGAGCAGAACAUCAUCCCCGUUAUCCAUCGUUCAAUUGCCAACUGAUUGCUUCCCACAUCAUUCCGUAUGCCUUUUUAGAACCUUGAAAUUUACAUAUUCUAUAUUCUAUUCUAUUUUAUUCUAUUCUCCGUAGUUAUAUUUAUAAUUUUACCACUACUCUUACUCUGCAUUGGUUUAUCUGCUACACACUUUAUUAUUAUCCUUCUUAUUUUGUAAUCUUUUCUGUGCCCCCAAUAAAAUAUUCUUGUUUACGCGUUGAGUUUAUGAUUUGGAUACCAAUCAAUCCCUGUUCGAUUUAGUUAUUGAAGCAACAAUCAUUAGUUAUAUCGAUGGGUAUGUAUUUAUGUAUUCGUUAGUUCGUUAAACAAUCAUUUACAUUUAAAUUACAAUUUACAUUUAGUCAUCUUUAAUCACUUAUUUCAUGUCAUUUUGAUUUACACUUGAGUUCAGUUCAUGGCGCUAUCAUUGCAUAAGAAUUAAUCGAUCAAUUCUAAACGAAAAAUCCAUCUUAAUGGUGUGACGUAAGCAAUUGGGAACCAUUAGUGAGGUAAGCUACACAUUAAACAAGGAAACCAGCCAAUCGACCAGACCAGAUCGAUUGGCAGAAACUACAACUAAAACUAGGUCUAAGUACUGAACGAAACGAAACACAAGACACAAUCUAUGUACUUUCACCGACACCAACAACUGUCUCAGAGUCUUUCUCUAAGCUGCAGACUAGCAGCAGCAACUACGCAACAAUUUAUACAAAAAAACACACAUAGGACUCAACAAGACACAGAUGCGAGCAGAGGUAGAGAUGAUACAUCCAGUAUCCUGUAUGCUGUACCCUGUAUGCUGUAUCCUGUAUCCUGUAUCCGUGUCCGCAUACAGGGCGAUGAGGCUUAAACGAAUUGUUGUUGUGCCAGCAUACAAAUUCAAAAACUGCAUUUAGAAGUUUCUGAGCAUGCGCAAAAUGAUUUAUAUAGAGCGAGUCAUACUGUAAUCAUUUAACUUGAAAAGUAUAACUAAACACAAAUAUUGAUUAGCGACUAUUAAAGGCCAACAAUCAGCUAGCUAAUUCGUACACUUAAAGCAAAUGCAACUACCAAUACGAAGCUCGACUCGAAUACGAUAUUUUAUGGAAUCUAGAAAGCAGGUAAAAGCCAGAGUUAGGCCAGAGGUUGUUUCAGCAAAGGAUUAAAAAGAAAGGACUACUUACAUACGUAUGUAUGUACUACCGAAGCAAGAAGCUAGAAGAAUUACACAUAACUAAUGCUUUUUAACUCGACUUAACACGUCAUCUCCUUGUGGGGACAGACUUCAACUUUGCUAAUUCGAAAUUCAAAAACUUUUCACACUUACAUUUUCACUUACAAACACACACACACACAUAGACACAGAAUACUCAAAACAAAAUACUGUAAGUAGCGCAUUCAAGUCAUUCAAAUUAUCCAAUCUAGAGUACAACUAUAUACCUAGGGGUAUAGAGUGCCAGGAUCAGCUGAUGAAAACGUAGUUAGUAAUAUUUUUUAGUGUACGAGUAUGUGAAUGUGUGCGCUUUUUACCAGCGAUUUACGAGCAGCAUCUGUGGUGUUCUAAACAAUUUUUGAUAGAUACAAUCGGUAAACCAAAUCGAAGGACGACAACGUUCUGUGUUCUCCGUUUUUCUCAGACUUUUCUCCUUCUCCGAUCUGUAAAUCUAAACGAACUUCUAUCAAUCUUUCACGCACCUGCGCUCGAGCCGCCAAAAGGGUAACGCUCUGUUUUUUGUACAUAGCAUGUAAAUAUACCUAUAUAAAGUAGCUCCAGAUAGUAUCUCGGAUAUGUUAUUGUUUCGUUGUGCAACCAGUUUACCAGGUACCAUAAAUUUGUAUGUAAUUUGUUCAAAUGAUAAACACUGCCAAAGCGUAUAGAAAUCACAUUAAAUGUAGAUCAGCCAACCCGAAGCAGAUAGCAUUCAUCCGAUAAAAAUGGGUAAUACGAAUACCAGCGUAAUAGAAGCGUAACAAGAACACGGCAUAGAGCAGCAGCAGCAGCAGCAGCAGCAGCAGCAUUCAAUGAUUUGGUUUGUUUCCACCCAUGAUUAGCCAAUAACAAAUUUAAGUAAAACGAAUUCGAGCUUUUAAAAUUAAUACAUCAAAAACCAAAAGGGGAGAACGUAAGGGAAAUAAGUGAAUGAGAAUAACGAGUUCAUUAUCGUUUUGUAUCUGAUUUGUAGGGGAUUUUUGUGUAGCCUAGGCUUACGCAGAACGUAAACUUAAAUAAAUAUGUGAAUAUUAUGCGCCUUCGAAAUUUAUGUAAACGUGUAUGUAGCCGUGCAAUGUGAGAAAACAUUUAAACUCCAUUUAAAUUAAAGUAAACGUAAACGUAACGGUAAAGGUAAAGGUAAAGGAAUUAGUCAGGUGUAAAUGUUAAUGAAUGAAGGGCAGAGCAUAGCAUAGCUUAGCAUAAAACAUAAGACGACUAGAUAUCGUGGCAAGAAGUUCAUUAUUGUUAAUGCUAAAUUUAAAACUAAAUAUUAAAUCGAUUAACAACAACCGCAUUUGCAAUCCUAAAAUAACAAAAGAUAGACAACCAGUGAGAGGAGUAGCGAAAACCCAAAAGUUAAACAUAAUUUUUAAAUGAAUAUACUAGGCAUUACAUUUAUAGAAAUCUCACAUACACGUACACAGAUACACACCAAGUCACAUAAGAACACAAAUACACACACACUUACACAAACACAACAGCGAAGACCCCAACAACAAGAACAAAAUGAACUCUCGAUGUUGUGAAACUUGAUCAAAUCAUGUUUACGCUAUAACAGAUCAAUAGGAAACCAAAUAAAUAAGACCACAUACUAUUCAGAAGCAUACCCGAAUACCCAAACAUACCCAAAAGCUUCUUGAUGACAUACAAAAAUUAACCCCAAACCAAUCAAAUUAUCGAAGAAAGAACUCUCCGACAAAGCUGCCUUUGCCAUACAUAUUUCCAAUUGAAUAAAGUUCAAAUACUUUUUCCACUUCGCUUCAUCGACAAGUUCUCAGCAGCUUUGUUCACAAGAAAAAGCUAUAUACAGACACAUAUAUAUUAAUUAAAUCGCAUAAAACUAUUCAAUGCUGUAUAACUAACUUUAAGGGAAAACUUUUUAUAGAAAAUCGGUGAAUAAAAAUGCAAAAAAAAAUAUAUAAAAAAUAUAUAUUAUCAUACUCGUAAAUGUGAAGCUAUGCAGAAUUUUACUGUAGUUAGAUUUUUUGUAUAGAAUCAACGUUUGCAGCUAAACAAAAAAAAAAAACAAACAAAAACAAAAGAUUAAAACGAUAAUUUUACACAUUUAAGCGGCAAUGGAAAAACGUUCAUUUUUUAAGGAAAUAAAGAUAUUUGGAAAAAAUAUCAUAAUUAAUUUACAAAUAGCAAUUAAAUACGAAAUGGGAAAACCGAAAAAUAUUUUUAUAAUUUCGCAGCACUUUCACAUCCAUAAUGCAUUGAAAAAUGUAUAAAUAAAAGAAACCAAAUACCAAUCACAUUAUGUACAACAUUAUUGUAGUUAAAUUUUUUUAGUUUUUACUCGCUAUUUAUAUAAAUAUAUUUACACAAGGAAACCCGAUCGGAAGAACGUAAACUUAAAUGUAGACCUAAAACUAAAACGGAAAACGUAAAAGGCGAUAAACAAAUUAUAAAUUUAAUAUUAAAAAACAAACUAUAAAUAAAUCGAAAUCAGAGCAGAACGCGCAUAAUGACAAUUAGUUUAGUUAAAA